AUAUUCUGCAAUCUGACAGUAUAAAGCAGUGAAAAAGAAUCAUCUCUCGUUUUCCUAUGUUGCUGAGUACACUUUUUUGGCCAGCCGAUUUCUGUUAGCAUUGCCUUUCCUAUAUCAUGAAUUGCCGAGUGGCUGAAUAGAGGGUGAAGUUCCAGGUGUUCUGGCUUGGAUCAGAAUGGCUUGUCAUGCAAUGGAUUCAAGAAUAACUAGUGUGAGAUUGAGCAUUCUUGUGUUGUGCAUCUCCAUUUCUGCCACGACCCUCAUAACUCUAUGUGAGGCAAGAAGGAAUGCACAAUCGAUGAUAUUCCAAGAUCCCAAACUCCUUAAAACCUUAAGCCCCGGUUUGAUGAGGAAGCUACAAGUACAAAGCCACAUGGACAUUGAUGCUCCAUCGGAUUUCUCAGAUGCUGAACUAUAUGCCAUAGGCUCUCCUUUCUCUCUACCACCUCUUGAAUCAUUAGCACCAGUUCCCAUGCCUGAUAAUACUCCUCCAUUCUGUGUAAAUGCACCCCUCACCCCACAACAACCUUCUUCAGCCAUACCAUCUCCCAUAAGAUACGCACCACCACCCCCUCCACCACCCUUAAAACCCAAUAUUCCCAUUCCAAGCCCACCCACUAACACACCUAGCCCACCCACGUAUUCCCCAGUCCCUAAUCCAUCAGAAAAUGAGCCUAGCCCACCUGGUAGCUCUCCUAAUCCACCAGAAAAUGGGCCAAGCCCACCAAAGCAUCUUCCAAGCCCACCAAUAUUCCUACCACCUCUAGUUUUCCCACCACCAUCGGUACCACCCCCACCCCAUAAGAAGUCACAGCUUCCUGUCUGGUGUGUGGCUAAGCCAUCAGUGCCAGAUCCCAUAAUCCAAGAAGCCAUGGAUUAUGCCUGCGGGUCUGGUGCAGAUUGCAAGUCAAUCCAACCCAAGGGAUCAUGCUACAAACCUGACACUAUGUUGGCCCAUGCUUCAUAUGCUUUCAACAGCUACUGGCAAAACACAAAGGUUGGUGGAGGCACUUGUGAUUUUGGAGGGACUGCCAUGCUUGUCAGAGUGGAUCCAACUGCAUUAAAAUUAGAAUUGUACCAUACCAUCGGAAUGGAGGCAUUAUUUACCAAUGUCUUCUUGUUCUUGUCCAGCAGAGUUUUGAGGACUGCCAAUUCAUCUACAAUUGAUAGCAGACGAGUGGGGACAAGACUUGAUUUUGGAGACUAAUAGAAGUAUCUUUCUUCCUAUCUUUGGAAAGAUACAUACUGUGCAACUAGGCUAUUUCAAUUGAUUAGAUGCGUUCCAUGUUUAAGAUUAGGAUUUUGGUAAUUGAGUUGUUGCAGUAUUUACUGUCUCCUUAUUCUCCCCCUUAUUAAGUAGACUACACCCUUUCCAUAUCUCUUUGAGAUCUUUGCACACCAAAGCAAACACGUACUAAAAAUUCUACCUUGAAUAUAUAAUAUGCCUUCAUGGUUA